AUGGCUUCAGAUGAUGGACUAGGUCCCCGUAAGAGGCGUAGAAUUGCUCCUCCAGGGUCAGAUCCCUACGUUCUAAGAUCGCUCUUCGAGAAUGUACCCGUGGAGACCGAGGACAACCGUGACGUCUACAUCACCUGUGUCGAGUAUUGGGAUGAAAAUCUGUAUAUUGGAACCUCGGCCGCAGAGAUAUUGCACUUUGUUUGCCUUCCACCCGCUUCCGACGAUUCGAAUGAGCCCACAUUUAUACUGGCGUCGCGUUUGCCUAUCCCAUUCCAAAGUACGCCCUCGAACAGUGACCAGCUCGGUGUUCAGCAAAUUGUCAUACUCGCCUCCGUGAAUAAAGCUUGCGUACUUUGCAAUGGCACCGUUACUUUCUACAUGCUCCCAGAACUCAGCCCGGCGUUCGGUAAUACCAAGGUCAACCACUGUCGGUGGAUCGGCGGCUUAGACCUUGAUCAGAAUGGCGAGUCCAGGGAAGACCCCGUGGUGAUGAUUGCUGCACAAAACAAUAUCAUGCUAGUUCAGAUUGGUGAUGAGGCACGCCGCAUCAAGAAGAUUGGAUUUCCCGGGUGCUUGGUCGCAGCUCGCAGGGGCACAAUCGCAUGCGCGGCUGACUCCCAUUCAUACUCGCUGCUCGAAGUCGAACAUCAGCAGAAGAUUCCAUUGUUUCCUAUCUCAUCCUCAAAUGAAGUCUUCGAGUCUGGACAAGUUGAAGACAUUGUGGCGGGACCUCAAACCCCUCUUAAACGAUCUCCUUCGUCAUCUUACCCAAGCUCUCCUCCAACCGAUCCACAUGCGCAUGGCAGAAGCAGCAGUCUAAACGCUUUUGCAGGCAUGUUACAACCCCAUGUCCAGACACCUCAACAAGCUCGGUCGCCUUCGCCUUCCGGAACCCCAGAUCCCUUCACAGCUACUGGGACACCUCGCCGAUCAAGCUCGGAAGAGAGAGAAGAUGAGAGUGCUCAGAAGAAACCCACAGACAGCCCUCAAAUUGAUUCUCUGCCGGCAGCUUCUGAGAGUGCUAAGCCCCUUCCUCCCUUGCCUCCGACACAAGUCUCGAAGCAACUACAGCCCCAUGUGGUGUCUCCAACCCCCUCUGAAUUUCUUCUGGUAACCGGAACUGAAGAAAACGAGCCUGGUGUGGGUAUGUUUGUAGACUUGGAUGGAGAGGUUGUGCGGGGAACUAUUAAUUUCCAUCGAUACCCGAAGUCCGUAAUCAUUGAUGCUGGGGAAGACGAUCAAUUCCUCCAGCCCAACGAUGAUACCAAGGAUGAAUUUGUGCUUGCCAUCAUUGACGAAGGAGACGAUAGAAAUCGGCUCGAAAUUCAACGAUGGGAUGACGAUCCCGCGGAAAUUGAACGCCAAAAGCGAUGGAUGGACAUACCCUCACCUGGAGCAAAACCGGCUCGAGUUGGUCUACGGCAUACCAUUAGUCCCAGUCAUAUUGAGCUUGAGGAUAUCGGGCAGCUUUUGCGAAUGGCCCGUCUCAAAACCCCUUUACUUUUACCACAUGUACCGUCAGCAGAUCCUCGAACACAAGCAUCUAUUGAGCAUCUUCAGAAGGAAGAAGAACUCUUCGAGUCUCAGGAAUUGACCGAUUCAGAGGGCGUCAAGAAAGGCGGAGCAGCUACAGGCCGAGGCUGGGAGGCUCAACGUAAUGUUGAAGAGGCGAAAUUUGCCCAUGGAUUGGGUAAACUCCAAAGCAGCCUCAUACUCUGGUCAGGAUCCCAGAUAUGGCGCAUAGUCAAGAAUCCCUUGGUGGUUCAACUUGAGAACUCUUUGCAACAGGCACAGUAUACCAAUGAUGGUGGGCACAUUAUUCUGCAGCGAGAUUCGGUCAUGGCGUUGAUGAUGUCAAUCCGGGAUAUUGAGCCUCAAAAUGAGUCCGAAUUCAUCGGUCUCGGCUACGUAAAGCAGAAAGCUAGUCUUUUACUAUACGGGGACCUUCUGUCCAUGCCUUUCGAUCACCGAGGCGAGUCUGUGAUCGAGCCCACCGAACAAGCUCUUUUGGCCGGUAACCUGGACCCCCGCCUAGCCUUGUUAUUCAUUCCGCUUCUUCGGUGCGAAGUUCUACAGGGCCCUCAGGGGAUUUGGGUACACUCCGGGUUGGCAGCCCUGACAGGAAAGUAUAUCCAACAAGUGGAAAAAGUAAACAGCGAGCCUUCUGGCCCAGUUGCCAUCAACGGCCCAGUGUUGAACAUGGUAAAGCGGUUUCUUUUCUCUUGGCAGCAGAAGAGAGGGUAUGGUAGCAUCACGGACGAAACUUAUGUCUUGGAUAGCACCGACGCCGCUCUUCUACAUCUAGUUCUGGAACAGGAGGCCAAUGCAGGUGCGGACAAGCGGACAAAAUUAUCGACUCGCACCGAAUUGAAUCGACUGGUCGAUAAUUGGAAGGGAAAUUUUGACCGGGCUGUGGCUCUUUUAGAAAAGUAUCAGAGGCUAUACAUCUUGAGUCGUCUUUACCAGAGCCAGAAGAUGUCUCGCAAUGUGCUCAACACCUGGCGGAGAAUCGUUGACGGAGAACCUGAUGCUGGUGGCGAGCUCACUGCGCCCGGUGUCGAGGCCCAGAUGCGCAAGUAUUUGGUCAAUAUCAAGAACGUCCAGUUGGUGGAGGAGUAUGGAUCUUGGCUCGCUGGGCGAAACCCUAAUUUGGGAGUGCAGGUAUUUGCGGACAAUGCUAGCCGUGUACGACUAGAACCUACAGAUGUUGUCAUUUUGCUCAAAGAGAAAGCCCCCAAUGCUGUGCAGGUCUACCUGGAGCAUUUGGUUUUUGCUAAAAACUACACUCAAUAUGCCGACGAUCUCAUCUCCUAUUACCUGAACGAAGUACUUUCUGUGCUUGAGUCUUCAUCUGCCGCAAGGGAUUCCCUCUCAGAUUCAUAUUCAACAUACCGGGCCCUGCGUCCUCCCAAGCCUACUUACCUAAAUUUCAUCACAGAGAACACUCCUAAGGAACCUUGGUGGCAGUCACGUCUUCGUCUACUACAGCUGCUGAGCGGCACCUCAGGCACACAAUUCUCAUCCACCCCUCUUCCCUCAGGUAUCACCUACUCCAUUCCCAACGUGCUGGCACGUAUUGAGCCCUUCCAAAACGAGCUUGUUUCCGAGAGCAUUAUCCUGGAUGGUCUCCAAGGUCAUCACCGUGCUGCCCUCCGGCUUCUCACCCAUGGUCUGGGGGAUUACGACUCAGCCAUUCGGUACUGUCUCUUCGGUGGACCACAAAGCUCAAGUUCGUCCACCAGCCCCGAACUUGCCGGCCACGCCUUGCAGUCCGAACUUUUCCGCCAUCUGCUGGACGAAUUUCUUGAGAUCCAAGAUUUGAGCGAUCGGAUUGAGAGAACCAGUGACCUCCUCGCCCGUUUCGCAGCCUGGUUCGAUGUGCGCGAAGUUUUGGACAUCGUUCCCGAAGACUGGAGCAUCGAUAUUUUGGGUGGUUUCUUGGUGCACGUAUUCCGAACCCUCGUCUCUCAAACACGCGAGGCCCGCAUAGAACGUGCCCUCAGUGCAGGUCUCAACUUGCGCAUCGGCGUUGAUUACAAUGAUAGCAUGGAGAAAGCCGGACCCUGGGUAGAGGAUGGAGAGGGUCUUCGGCGCUUGGCGGGUGGGGUUCAGUCACUCCCUGCUCCGGCUGAUGGUGCUAAUGAAGAUGAUGGAGAAUUUGGGGAAGUGGUGUCGCCUGACGCCCGGGAUGACUAG